AUUCAGUGUCAAAUCUCAAAUCAUCAAAUUACCUGUCAAGUGUCAAGUAGCCAUUUUAUUUUGUGUUCACGAGCUCAUGGUUUUUGGUAAUUUUUCGUAAAUAUCUCAAUAUAUUGCUGAAAUGGCUCAAAGUAAAUUUAAUGAUUUAGCCGGCAAGUUUAGUAAAGGUGGAGGACCACCUGGCCUUGGAAUUGGUCUGAAGUUAUUAGCUAUUGGUGGUGCCGCUGCUUAUGGUCUCUCUCAGUCUAUGUAUACAGUGGAGGCUGGUCAUCGAUCUAUAAUGUUCAAUCGAAUUGGAGGAGUUCAACAAGAAAUUUAUACUGAAGGUCUGCAUUUUCGUAUACCUUGGUUCCAGUAUCCAAUAAUCUAUGAUAUUCGUUCACGACCUAGGAAGAUAUCUUCACCAACUGGAUCAAAAGACUUGCAGAUGGUUAACAUUUCACUAAGAGUUCUCUCCAGACCCAAUGCUACCAACCUUCCCGCAAUUUAUCGACAACUUGGUUUGGAUUAUGAUGAGAAAGUUUUGCCAUCAAUUUGUAAUGAGGUCCUCAAGUCAGUAGUAGCCAAAUUCAAUGCAGCACAACUCAUAACUCAGAGGCAACAGGUAUCCCUAUUGGUGAGAAGAGAGUUGGUAGAAAGAGCCCAAGACUUUAACAUAGUUCUCGAUGAUGUGUCAUUGACCGAUUUAUCCUUCGGCAAAGAUUAUACUGCCGCUGUCGAAUCUAAACAAGUGGCACAGCAAGAAGCCCAAAGAGCCGCCUUUGUGGUGGAAAGGGCUGUGCAGGAGAAGCAGCAAAAAAUUCUGCAAGCUGAGGGAGAGGCUGAAGCUGCUGAAAUGUUAGGUAAAGCAAUUGGAGAAAACCCAGGAUACUUGAAACUCAGAAAAAUUAGAGCAGCUCAGAAUAUUUCGCGAACUAUUGCCAAUUCCCAAAACAAGGUUUAUCUCAGUGGAAACAGUUUGAUGUUGAACAUUUCCGACAAAGAAUUUGACGACCAAUCAAAUAAGCUGAAAAGUCAAAAUGACUAUGAAAGUUAUGAAACCAUACCAAGCAAAAAUAGAAAAACAAUAUUAACAUUGUCACAAUUUGCAGCAGACAGAAUAUCGCCAAAAAAUAUCGACUAAUAAGUUUCAAGCAUUUGUUAAGUUGUAGGACUCAUUUUAUUAUAAAAUAUAUAUUUUGUUAUAUAUCUUCUACUGUGUUACAAUUUGUUGUCAGAUGCGAUCUAUAAAUCUGUCCUGUUUUUUUUUAAUUAAAACUAGGAGCAUUUAUUUAACUUGUCUUCUGUUUCAUAGUUUUAACUUGACUGGCAACCUGUAUAUCCGAUUGUCUGGAUUGGAGUUCAGUGAUUAUUUUACAAAAAAUUUGAAUGCAUUUUUGGAUUGAAAGCGAUUCCUAAAAUGUGUGUACCAAAUUUCAUGAAAAAAAUGUCCGUAUGUAAUUCUUUUGAUAUGUGCUGCAAACAUAAAAAAAUCAAAUCUUUUCUGAUAUCUUGA